GUGUGUGUGUGUGUGUGUGUGUUUGUGUGGGUGGGUAUGUGCGUGUGUGCGUGUGUGUUUGUAUGUGUGUGGCUGUUCCAUCAGUUUCAGCUGAACCAAUUGCUUCAAGUUCAACUCAUAGAACUCAUCAUAUUAGGUGACUUUGGGUGUCGGUCAUUUUUGAUUUUAAAAAAUAGUGUUAUUUCUAAGCAUAUGCCACAGAGUCUAGAGCACUGCGAACAGAGUAUAAAUGAUUUAAAAUGAAAAAGAAAUUUUAUCGUCGAACAUAAAUGUCGGAUUCGAUUGAUAAGAAUCGUUUGAAUCAGCAGGAAUCCUUUAUUUUACAAAUUGAACUAACGUUAGUUUAAUAAAAUCGAACUACAUUAUCAUAAUUAUUGGCAGAGCGAAAAUAUUGAAGUUAAUUCAGUUUUGGAAUUUUACGUAUGGCUUCCGACGCGUUAUUCUCGUCCACCGCGGAAUCUUCACGCCGAAGAUCAACAUUCUAUGUACCAUUGACCACCCCAACAUCUGAGGAAAUUGAAAGUAUACAUGAGAUCGCAGAAACCACAGUUUCUGUUGAAAAAGAGUGCUCGCAGGAUAGCCAGCUUUUUUCUAUAGAGAGCACCUAUCAACCGGACUUGAGUGCAUGUAGCUUUGCUUGGAGUUUGAAUGAUUCAUUUAAUGACAAUUUGGACCAUGCGGCAUGUAAAAGUGAACAAGAAAACAAAAUAAAACGCUAUGGUGUGGUUUUGAACGCUAGUGUAAACAUAGACGAUGACGAAACAAAGUGCCAUGAGGAACAAACUUCUCGUCGCCUUCAACCGAAUACGUCAACACCGUUUCGGUUGGGAAAAUCGCGAAGCCGAAGCAACAUCUUAUCCAAUCUAUCAAAGGAUCAUGGUAUCGCCAUAGAAAAACUCGCAAGCUGCAGUGGAAUCGUAUGUGAUUUGAUUAGAAGAGAACAGUCCAAUACAAUGUCAGACAAUUCAAUACUAACGACAAAAGACAAAUCCAAGACGUUGCCACAGAAUUUAUUUCUUGUGAAUUCAAUGCCACCGAAGAGUUCUUUCUUACACCAUUCCUCAUCACGCAUUGGGAACAACAGCUCGUUCGAUAAUAAAAAAUCGAGUAGUAUUGCAGGACUAUCUUCCAAACUUCCCGCACCUGCCAUGGAUUAUAUGAUUAGUCCUACAAAAUCUAUCAGUUUCAUACGGCGAACCCAUUCCACCAAAAUUACGAGAAGCAAUUCAUUGCUGAAAAGCCUUACUUCUAAAUGCGUUGAUCAAAACGGUUGUAACACAAGUCUGCUUCGAAUACCAGUCAAAGAAUUAGAAUACACUCGACUAUGCCGUAUAUUGGAAAAACCUGCACAAUUAGAUCAUAUGAUAAGAGAUAUCUUUAUUUCAUGUAAAGACGAGAAAGUGGAAGAAAACGCUGUACAUUCAGACACAUCGUAUGAAAAGGCGUGUCGUCGAGGAUCAGCACCUGGCACACCUGUUAUGGGUCAAAAGGGAGAGUCAACAUCAAGAUUUACAAAUUUCUUCUCUAAAAGAUCCUUUCGAUCUAUUCCAUUAAAACGGACUAAAUCUGUAAUUAAAUUAGAACGUUCAAAACGUGGACAAGGAGGUAUCAGGGGUUCUAGGUCACACGAAAGUCUGCUAUCCACUCACGUAGUAAUGUCUAAUAUUGAUUUAGCUUGCAACGAAACUAUCGAAGUGGUUCCUGUGCAUUCGUCUGUCCUUGGUAGACGCCAUUGUUUUCAAGUGCGAGGUAUUUCGCGUGAAGAGCGUUAUUACUGCUGUGGGACACGGCAAGAACGUGAUAUAUGGAUACAUAGCUUGCGUAAAUCUAUCUCUCCAAACAAAGACAAUCGGCGACGACUAGAUAAUUCAUUGAAAAUGUGGGUUUAUGAAGCAAAAUCAUUACCACCAAAAAAGCGUUACUUUUGUGAGAUAUAUAUCGAUAAAACGUUAUACGGUCGAACAUCCGUAAAAUUGCGAGCAGAUCUCCUUUUUUGGGGUGAAUACUUCGAUUUCCCAGAUAUUCCAAAAGCAAGCAUUAUCACCGUAAAUGUGUAUCGAGAAGCAGAAAAGAAGAAAAAAAAAGAUCAACAUGUGCUCGUUGGAUCGGUAGCCAUUCCCAUUGAAAAAGUUGCAGCGAGAACUUUUUCCGAAGAUUGGUAUCAAAUUUCGAUGGAGAAACAGGACAACGUAAUAAAAAGCUCAUCCAAAGAUCCCGCACCAACACUUAGAAUCAAAUGUCGUUACCAAUCGAUUGAUAUUAUGCCAUUGGAUGUCUACGGAGAAUUUAACGAAUUUUUGAAGAAAAAUUACAUAAAAGUUUGCGAAGUUAUUGAACCAAUCAUCGGAGUUAAAGCAAAAGAAGAUAUUGGACAAGCAUUGGUACUUCAAAUGCAUUCUCAAGGAAUGGCUGCUAUAUUUUUGUCUGAUGUGGUUGCGUUAGAUUUAUUGCGAGUUGGUGAUCAAAGACUAACGUUUCGCGGCAAUUCUUUAGCCACGAAAAGUAUGGAAGCGUUUCUUAAGCUCAUCGGAGAGCAAUACUUACAGGACACGUUGUCUAUUCAGAUAACGGAAAUAAUUGCGUCCGAUCGAGAUUGCGAAGUAGAUCCAACUAAAGUGAAUGGAUCGUUAUCGCGUCAACAGCAGGCGCUUCGAAGAACUGUUAAAUCCGUGUGGAUAGCAAUUGCUGAGAGUAGUAAGAAUUUUCCCAAGCAGCUAAGAGAUUGUUUUGCAACAUUUCGUGAACGAUUACAUGAUUUGGAUCGCGAAGACAUGGCAGACAAUUUAAUAAGCGCUUCUAUAUUUCUGCGUUUCUUAUGCCCAGCCAUUAUGUCACCUAGUUUGUUUAACAUCACUAAUGAGCUUCCACCAGCGCGUGCAACACGAAAUUUGACUCUUGUUGCCAAGACACUCCAAACGUUGGCAAAUUUCACACGGUUUCAAGGAAAAGAAAAUUUUAUGGAAUUUUUAAACGAUUUUCUGGAACAAGAAGCACCACGUAUGAAGCAGUUUCUUUACGACAUAUCGUGCUCCAAUUUUAGUAAUCGAGACAAUUUUAUGGAUUGGUCUGGAUGUAUCGAUCAGGGUAAACAGUUGUCCAUUUUGCAUAGCUUACUGUACGAAAUAGUGCUAAACCUACCAGCAGAUAAACAAUAUGAAAUUCAGCCACUGCCAGCAAUUCUUGCGACGAUUACGCAUUGCAAGCAAGUAAAUUGCACAACAUUAAAUGCUGAUCAAUAUUGUACUGGAAAACCGCACAAUGUUCAGAUCAAAGAAAACUUACUAUCAAAAAAAGAAGACAUUCUUCAAAGUGCUGGUUCCGCCAAAAUGUUAUCCAAAGAAUAUUCCACGAAGAGAAACCCAAAAAUGCUCAAAAACGAAUGUACCUUACAAUCGUCAAAUACUCUUCAACCGUCGACACAUUCAUCUAAUUUUUCUCUGCAUUAUUCUACGAGUACUUCUACUAACUCAUUAGUCAAUAACACAAAACAGUUGCACAAAGAUGCCACAGAUAAAAAUGACGACGUAUGUGCAAUGGGCAAGCUUAAUUUCAAUAGCCAAUAUGGCUCGAACAUCAUCUGUAAUGGUAGUUUACGGACUUAUUCAUCUAGAGGAGCUACAUCUUUCGGUGCCGUGAACAGCAUGACGUCGAACAGUUUGCGAAACGAAAAAGAAAAAUCGAAUAAUGUACAAGGUGAUAUUCGAGCCAAUACGUUACCACGUUAUAACAAUUAUACGACAAGCGUUUCCAUUGGCGAAAAUACUUGUCUAGAAGGCAGUAACUCGGUAGGGAACGAUCACGAAGUCAACGGAAAUUCAAGGUUAAAUGGAACCAAUAAGAAUCUUAUCCAAAUUGACAUCGAUCUCACCAAUCCAAUGAACAGGAAAAGUCCCACGCCAUUAUUCAAACACAUAUCGUGUUGUCAUUACAUCGCUAACAAUCGAAUUCAAGAAGGGUCUCACCAACGUCUUACAAGUCCAGGCUCUAAUCUUAGCGACUUGGAUAAGAAUGCAUUUAAUUUGGGUAUUCCGCACAAUGAUACAAAUCGAGAACAGCAAUAUUCUCAAUAUAUCUACCCAGCACCUGCGCUGAAAGCUUCUAAUAUCACAACAAUAUCUUCGUUUGUACCGCGUCAGUUGCCAACAACAUUCAACCCAUCCAAAAUGCCAAUGAGUCUAGAAGAUUUGGAAGAUUUGUUAAAUUAUGCUGAUGAACAAAAUCAAACUUCGUUUAGCGAAAGUGUUUCCAACCGUGGUGGAUGCGAUCCAUGUGGUACAAAUACCAAAGCAAAUAUACCUUCCAACGGUAGCAAUGCGUCUAUUAGUCAAAUCUCGAACAUAUGUAGUUCCGGCUAUCAAAGUAUCCCUACGCAAUCGACGAGCUCAAGUCCGGUAGAAUCAACUGGCGAGCAACAUAGUAUAGUUACUAAUAGAGCAAUACCAUCACGUGAAUUAACAUCUACCCUUAUUAGUUGCAAUAUAGAAACAAGUCAAAAAUUAUGCAUGAAUGAUCAAGCAAUCGCCAAAGCAGAUUUACCAGUAUCCAGUAUUAACAUGCAGCUAUCCAAUAAAAGCGAUCCGCUCGUCACAUCACACGGAACCGUUCAUCACUUUUACGAUCGUAAAACGCCAUAUGAACAAAGCAAUGUGAACAGAAUUUUAAACAACAAUUACGUUGAUAUCUCGUACGAUGUCUUGUCACCAUGUAAAAGUCCGAUUGCAAGCAAAACAACUGAAUGCACCAGCCUUGGAAUUGAUGAACAUAACGAUUUAUCAGAUGCUGUAGAGUAUUUUGGAAUAAAUCGUACUAAUCCUCAUUCACGACAGAAAAGAAAAGCUAUACAUGGUAUCCGCAGAAGUGGUGAUAGCAUACAAAGUGAGUCGAGCGACGAUGAACGAGUCAGCAAUACCACAUCAGAAAACUUUAAUGAUAUUGAUUCGUUAGUCACGGGAAACGUAUCAGCUUUAGAACGAAAUCAUAUUUCGAUAAGCAAUGCUAACGAUUAUGAUCAAGCUUCUACGAGUUUAUUUGGAUGUCGAUUAGGAUGCAGGCGUAUGCCGCGAACUAAUCCAUUGAUGCAGUAUGAUAAGGAUGAUGUAUCGGAUAUCGUUGGCCAUGCACUAUGUGGAAAUAGCGGUGUCGAUACUGCUUUGACAAACCAUCAAAGAAAUCAAAGUUUUCAAAGCCGCCUUCAUCGACGUCUAUCGAUAGAGUGUGCACGAGCCCUAUCAGAUAGCUCUACCGACGAAACUGAAAGUGAAAAAACGAAAACUUUCAACUUGAACCAGCACACAGCGCAACAUCAUAAUUUUAGCAUGUGUACUACAACCCAUACAAAUAUUUUCCGCGAAAAUGACACCAGAAGGCGAAGGAAUGCCAAUAAAUCAGUUGAGCAGUGUGAGAGAGAAAUUCAGAGGCUACAGGCAUCAUUAGACUCCAUGCGUAAAAAACUAGAAAUGUCUGAGCCAGCAGAAGGAAACGCCAAUAAACUGGCAGCGAUUACACAGCAAAGCGACAGUAAAAUUCGAAGCAUAAUAGGAAGAUUGCUGACUAUGGAGGAAGAACUGCGACAAGAGCAAUACAAAAUGUCUUUAGUUUUGUCACACAAACAACGUGUAAUUGAAGCUCAAGGAAAACAAAUUGCAGCCUUAGAUGCGGCAAACAAUCGACUGCUAUCCGCAUUAUCUACCUUGCAGAACCGAUAUGAAAGUCAAUCAAAUCAAAGUGAUGAUAAUUCAUCAUCGCAUCCAAACGCGGGUGCAUCCUCUUGCUAGAUGUAAAUAAUUAUCAUGUAAUACCACAUUAUCAUGUCUAGACGACCCAAAAAAUCUUCUGCGACAAUGUUUGGCGACGCUUUCCAUGAUAGAUGGAACUGUCUGUGUUUUAGCACGAAAUUAUGGCUAAGCUGGGUUAUUUCGUCUGUGAAAAACUCACAAAGCCGCUUUAAACUCGGUUGCCCCUGAUUUUGUUCUAAAAUUGAGAAGGUUUUUUUUUAGAAUAAAGAGCUCGCAAAAUUAUGUCGCGGUACAAAAGAUGGUCGUGUGGAAGCAGUAGCCGGCAUCGCGAAAGAAAUAGUUAAAGGGUAUUUUAAUUGAAUUUAGACUAGUGGUAUAUAUUUUUUUUGUAUCGUCGCAAUAGGUAUUUGACUAUCAUAAUCUAUUUUUGAUUACGAGUAAUGGAUUAUUGACUAGCAGCAAUUGAUUUCUGCAGGUCCCUGCAUGACAGCCUAAGAGCGUCGCGUUUAUAACACUCGGUGUGACAGAUCUACCUGAAUAAUAAUCUGUGGAUACUAUUUAAUUUCAUCCACCAAUUACUUUAAAGGAUUUGUUUUACUAUCUAUAUCAUCCACAAAAUAAGAGAUAUUUUAUCUGAUAUGUUUUCGGUGAUUUUGUUUGGAUUUCAUGAAUGAACAAUCCAGAUCAAAAGCACUUAACGGUUAAAUUGAAAUAUGCAGUAGUGGACCCAUAGGCAUGACCGAACUAUAAGUAGGAUUGAGCAAGUUGUUCAGCGUGGCCGUUGUUCAUUGAGCAAGUUGUUCAGCGUAUAUGUAGUUAUAUCAAUUUUCGAUCGAAUACCAGUACAGGAUUGAACACAAUAAAACUAAAUUUUUCAAAUAA